UUCAAUUACAUUUCUGAUGUCUUUAUCUAUUCAGUGCCGCCACGUCGUUAUAUUAUUUUUCCCAACUUUUGUGCUCUAAUGAGUAUAAUCAGUGAUUAAAUUGUUUGGGUACGAAGAUUCACAUUUUACAUAUAGGUGUAGUUUAUAAUUAAAUAUAUACAAUCAAAUAAAUUUAUGUGAUAGCUCAAUGCCCAGAACAAUGGAUGGGAUUACGUAACAACUGUUACAAAAGAUUUAACAAAAAAGAAAACAGGAACGCAGCAAACCUUGAAUGUAGUAGUUCAGUGUUGGGAGCUCAUCUCGCUGAUCCUCGUAGGACAGAAGAAUUUGAAUUUAUCAGCAGUGCGGAAAUUCUGACUAGUACGGUUGCGCUCAACUGGAUUGGUAUUAGUCUUGACGGUUCUAACGCCACUUAUACUGAUGGGUCACCAGUAACUGAAGAAAUUCAAGCUUUCAAAGAGGAAGACAACAAAGCGUCUGAAAACUGCGCGGUGAUUCAAUCAAAUAUGAAUGAAUAUAAAUGGAUAGAAGCUCAAUGUGAAUACGAAACCUAUUUUAUUUGCGAAUAUACAGUUCCACAGUGUGCCACGAAUAUAAAUAUUUUGACAUCCGAAACAUCUGCUGAUAUAGCAUGGAAAACACCAAAAUCAUUACAUGGAUCCGACUUUGGCCAAUAUACAAUUGAAAUCAAAGAGAUCAAGGAUUUUGUUACUGAGAAGUACAUAAUUUCAAGAUCGAGUACAAACUAUACAUUGCCUGGAUUAAAAUCAGGGCAUUUGUAUUUCUUCUCAAUUCAAGCAAGCAUUUCGACUUCACAUUUUGAAAGCAAAAGUGCAAAAUAUACACAUGCAUUUCUGACAAAUCCGAAUCCUCCACGACACUUAAGAUUGAUCAAUAAAUCUCCAACCACCAUAACAAUUACAUGGAAUAAACCUGAAUCUAGCCAUUAUAAUAUUUUUGACAAAUACUGUAUAACGUAUGGGGAAACCAAAAUUUACGUGCACAAGAAUUUUACAACUUAUACACUAAAAAAGUUGAGUCCAUACACCGAAUACAAUAUCAAAGUAUUCUCGGUCAGCCAGAUUUCCUAUUUAGAGAAAUUGAGUACAGCCCCUGCUGAUACUUCGUUGACUGUUUUAACAGAUGUAAGUCCCGUCAAGGACUUAAGACUUAUUCCGGAGUCUCGCCACGUAACUAACUUCACAAUAACCUGGAGCUUCGCUGAAGGAGUGGUUGAUUCAUACGAAAUACAAAUAACAGAAAACGCGUCUGACGGCCAAAAUCCUCGAAUUAUUGAAGUUGAAAAUACAGCAAAUGAUUUUCUCAUCUCUAACCUUAUUCCUGGGCAAUUAUAUCAAGUUACUGUAAUCACGAAACGCCUUGAUGGUGAAAGUGACCCGGUGACGCUAUCCGAAAGAACAAGACCACCUAUUAGUCAUGUCCAUGUACAAACCAAAAUUGGUGUUGAUAGUGUAAAAAUUGACAUAUUCGAAUCUGGGAGCAAUCACCAAAAGUUUUACUACAGUGGCUACAUUUUAUCCUUCACAAGUUCAUUUCAAGAUAAAGACGAAUUUAUAAAGAAAAGUGAAAGCGGAAUUACAUCAUCCAUAAUCACUGGUUUGAUUCCAGGAACUACAUACGAUUUCAAAGCAUAUACAAUCAGCGGAGAUGUCAAAAGCAUGCCAUCUGAUCGCGGAAAAAUUUCAAUGGAACUAUCACCACCUGAAGAUUUUCGAGUUUUGACAAGAAACGAAACAUCAAUUUUAGUUGGUUGGUCUUCAAGCAGAGGAGAAGUAUCGCGAUAUCUUGUGACCUGUGAUGAAUGUCAUGACGGUGCAAAAUUAAUCGGAAUUGAUAAAGCGAAUGAAGCCAUGUUUUUAAAACUGAGUGCAGGAGCAGAAUAUGUUUUCACAAUCGUCUCACAGACGAGCAGCAAUAAAGAACAACGUGCCAGCAAGCAAGUCGAGCUUGUUACCCGCACAAAACCUAAAGUACCACAAAACGUUGCCAUUGACUUCGUCAACCAGACAUAUGCUGUAAUAUCAUGGUUGCCAGUUGACGGCACCAAGAGUGGUUAUCGAGUUGAAAAUGUAGCAUUGGAAAACCAAUAUUUCACUACUAGACCAGCCAAUGCAUCGUGGUUUCGAGAUAAAGAAAGCGUUAUUGUCGAGCAGGGAAAAAUUAUAGCAAAUCUAAACGAUGUAACUCCAGGAGUGGCAUAUCAUGCAAGAGUAUUUUCAGUCAGCGAUGAUACCUCCAGUGAACCUGCUUCUGUAUUUUUAACAAUGCUACCCAAUGCGGUAACUCAUGUGAAACCCUCUAAAGUAGAUGAAUAUUGGUCAACUCUCAGAUGGAAACCAGGAUUUGGUGGUUACUCCGAAUUUUUGGUUGAAAUAACAUUAGCGGGUGACGAAGAAAUUGUUGACACGGCUUACGUUACAGAAUCAAAUUACAAUUCCACAUUGCCGGCACCAGCUACUUUAUAUUACGCGUCUAUUUAUACCUUGACACUAGACCGUACCUGGCAAAGUGUUCCCGCAGGAUUAUUUAUACAAUCAAGUAAGAUAUGA